UCCCACAGGUUGUAGAGGUCCCUUACAGAAUGGCUUCCCAGAUGUUUCCAUUUUCACAGAAACAAGCAGAAGAAACUGGAUAUUUUGGCCCAACGGAUCUCUUUGGCACUUGGACUAGAAUGGAGUGGAUGCCCUCCUUGUUUUCUUCAGUCUCCAGGAAGGCCCCAGAGGCCUGUUGCUCCCUAAAAGAAGAUCCAGUUGACACCCACCCUGGAGUCAUCAUUGCUGUCCCCAAAGACACUGAAGAAAGUAACAGACAGAGGUUUCGCUUGGGAACCGUUCCUUUGGGAGAAACUCCCCGGCAGACUUUGUCCCGACUGGAUGAGGCAGCCCUGAGGUGGCUACGGCCACAGGAUCGCACCAAAAGACAAAUUGUGGAUAUGAUUGUCCUGGAGCAAUUUCUGCAAGUGCUGCCAUGGGGAAUGCAGACUUGGGUGAGAGCCAGGGAACCAAGAAGCAGUGAGGAGGCAGCUCAGCUGGCUGAGGCCUACCUGGGGCAGCAGUGGCCUGUGACUUUUCAGGAAGUGGCUGUCUAUUUCACCCAAGAGGAGUGGGAUCUUUUGGAUGAGGACCAAAGGUAUUUGUAUUACAGCGUCAUGCAGGAGAAUUCCGAAAAUGUGGCUUCACUGGAGCUACUGAUUGCAACAUCUGAUCCCGUUCUCCAUCCUGAGUGUCUGGAAGAGUCACACACCAUGAAGCUCCAAAAGCCAAAUAAAAAGGAAAUCACUGCCAAAGGUGGUGCUGUAAGGGCUGCCAAUGUAACUGAGCUUGAAUUGCCAUCUCCCAAACUGGACAAGAUUUCCUCUCCCCUUGAAUAUGACUUAAUGUUCCAGAUGAGACAAGAGAAAGAGAUUCAGAUGGUGAAUGAAGAGAGUUGCACAAGAGACUCUUGCUCAGGUGAUGGAUCAGAAAGUAUAAGUGUGUAUAAGAAUCCUCAGCAAGGAGACACAACAGCAGGGCAACCAACAGAAACAUUAUGGUGGGAUUUGUUCUUUGAUCCAAAGUUGACCAAAGCAAUUGAGAUCAAGUCAAUAGGACAUCAGGGAACACUGCCAGAGCUCAGACAAGGAUAUUCCACUCCUAGUGAAGGAAAUUUUACAGAAAGCUUGCCACCGUUAAGAGUAUCCAAAAGAUAUUAUCCCUGCUCUGUUUGUGGGAAAAGUUUUGAUCGGCGUGCUAACCUAAUUAAACACCAGAGAAUCCAUACAGGGGAGAAGCCGUAUUCAUGUGCUGAAUGUGGAAAACGCUUCGAUCAGCAAUCCAACCUCAAUGUCCAUUUGCGAGUCCAUACGGGAGAGAAGCCUUACGGUUGCCCUGACUGUGGGAGACGUUUUAGCAUCAAAUCUCACCUCCAUGGACACUACAGGAUCCACACAGGAGAGAAACCCUAUGAAUGCGAAGGAUGUGGGAAGAGGUUCCGUGUGAAAUCAUGCCUGAAUAAGCACCAAAGAAUCCAUGCAGGAGAAAAACCCUACAAAUGCCUCUCCUGCAAGAAAACUUUCACCUGCAGCUCUGAUCUUAUUAAACACCAGGUUACUCACUCUGGAGAGAAAGACUUCGUGUGCUCUGAGUGCGGAAAAAACUUUGCCAAUAGAUCAGAUCUUAACAAGCAUGAAAGAAUCCAUACAGGAAAGCCCUACAAAUGCCUAUCCUGCAGGAAAACUUUCACCUGCAGCUCUGAUCUUAUUAAACACCAGGUUACUCACUCAGGGGAGAAAGACUACAUGUGCCCUGAGUGCGGGAAAAACUUUGCCAACAGAUCAGAUCUUAACAAACAUGAAAGAAUCCAUACAGGAGAAAAACCUUUUGUGUGCCCCAUCUGUGAGAAAAGGUUCCGUGAUGUUUCUCAGAAGAACAAGCAUCAGAGAAUCCACACAGAUGAAAACCCUUAUGAAUGUUCCAUCUAUGGGGAAAAGUUCAGAGAUGAUGCUCAACAAAGCAAACACCAGAGAAUCCAUGUGCUAUAUAACAUCUAGGUACACAUAGAG